UCAAAUUCGGUGGGUAAUCCCUGCCGGUUACGUGCAUCUCAGCAGCAGUGAAGGGAAAGCAAGAGAGAAGGAUGGGUUUUACAUGCUGAUUUAAUGCUUGUGUCCCCCCCACCCCUUUUUUUAAUAUAUCUUGAGUGUAGUGAGAACAUUGUACUUUAAGGAACGUGAUGAUUGACGAUUUCGAAACCCAUGCGGUCCGAUCUAGUGGAGAUCUGUGGUCUGAGAUCUGCUCCAGGCUGCCAGAGCCUCAGGUACAGGAUGGUGGACAGUUUACAGACUCAUUUGAGCCUUCCUCUCCAGCAGACCCUCAGACCAACUCUCCCAGAGCUUCUUUCUGCCCCUGGGAACCGAUGGCUGACUCUGAGGUUUACAUUGCCAGUUUAGAAAAUCGACUGAAGAGGAUCAAGGGACAAUCGAAUGAAGUAACAUCAAGGGAAAUGCUCCGUUCCUUGUCCCAGGCUAAAAAGGAAUGCUGGGAUAGAUUCCUUCAUGAUACCCAAACCUCUGAAUUGUUCCAGGAAGGGAACUUUGAUCAGAGGAGCAUUCUACCCACACCAGACUGUUCCAGCAUAUACAUUCUACAAUUUCUCACUGGAAUGGUCUACUUUAGAUUACACAAUAACAUUUCAGGGGAAGUGCUUUGGAGCAAUUCAAGCGCUGGCUGUCUCCUGAAAGGGUGGCCAUCAACGCAGAAGAGCUGGAGUACCUUCUCUUGCCCACACAGAACAGUGAGGCUUCUGCCAGCUCAACCCAAACUGACAAGCCAUGUGAGGAGGAAGAGUGCCCGAGCCCAGAGAAAUAACCAUAUCACAGCAAUAACUGACCAGCAGUGUUAGGGGAAUCAAGAGUAUAUGAGGUCUUGCUGUGGAGUAUUACGAUCCAUUUAAUGGGAUCAUUUGAUUCACAGAUUUCUAUUAAGGUGUCUUUGGUGUCUAUCUGGUUUCAACCAAGAUUCAGUAUUGUAUCCUCAUAUUUGUAGGACUGGAAGAAAUACAUGUGUGAAUUAAAAAAUAAAAUCUCUUUCUUUGUGAAUUUUUAUUUGCCAAGUAACAUGCUGUCUGAUUUGUAGAGAGAAGUACAAGCAUGAAAACUUGACUACAUUUUUUCAUGUAACAUUCCACAUGUUAUCAAAUGAAUUUCAUUAUUUAAUAUUGAAUUUUUGCUAUUCUUUCCUGUAGUUUUGUUUAUACACUAAUCCAAACAAACACAAACAUUAUAUUUAUAAAUGCAUUAUUUCAUGCAUAUUUGUAUGAAUUGAAAAUCUGUCAUUCGUCCCGUGUUCAAAUGUGUAGGUCAGUGGACCGGAUGGCCACUAAAUUAAACAAUAGUAGAGAAUGUUAGGUGUAAUAUAAUAUGCCUAUUGUCUCUAAACUUGUUAGUAAUUGUACACUUUAUUCUGAAAUGAGAAUAAAAACUAUGAAGAAGCCAUAA